AAGGAUAUUUUUGUUUUUCAAUUUAAAUUUUCUGGGAAUUUUUUCUUUUUGGUUUGAAAAAUUAAAAAUAUUGAAAUUUUUGGUUCCAUAUUUCGAAAUAUUCGACCAGAAAUAUCAAGAUAUUGAUAAAUGGAUCAUACGAAAUUACAACCAAGCCAAACUACUCCUGUUCAAGGAACAGUUUCGGCAACACCAACAUCUAUUCAAGCAGCUAGGCCACGUUUUAAUUUGAAUAAUUUUAUACUUGUUCCGGCUGGUAGUACAAAUAUAUUGACUAAUAAUGGACAAAUGUCCAAUCUUAUUGCUACCAAUCAUAAUACAAUUGUCAAUAAAGGAAAGAUUAUGAUUCUGACAACAACACCAACAUUGACAGGCACAGGAAAUGCUACUGGAACGGCUACUGGUGCUCAAAUAUUAACAGCUUCACACACUGGACAAUCGGUUCAAUUACGUCCAAGUAUGGUAUUGGCUACGAGUUCAGCGACAACUACUCCAGGAACAUUGGUCACUCCAAAUAUUUCCACGUUUGGCAAUUCAACAACAGCAACCAGUAUAAUUGCUAAUAUCAAAAUGAAUCCUGUAUCGAAUCAGCCGAUAAGUAAUCAAAUUCAUCAGAUUGCAACAGUACCGACAGUUACUGCUUCAGUAUCAAAUGCUUUAACAAUACCGGCAAAUGUAAUGGCUACUAACAACAACAAUAUCAAACAACAGCCACAAGCUGUACAAAUGUUAACACCGAUUGUUACACCGGCCAAUUUAUCUGGCAAUAAUUCUGGCAAUAAUAAUCGUGCACAUCCGCAUCAUCAACAUUUAAAUUUUGUUUCACAAAAUUUAACACAUCGAAAUCAAUCACCAUCAUCUUCAAUAACAAUUAAUCAUGCAAAUAAUAAUAAUAAUAAUUCAACAAAUAAAUCAACAAUACAUUUAUCGACAGGAAAAACGAAAACCAAUACAAUUCAACAGGCAUCAAAUAAUACUUCAAUAUCAACAACGCCAGUCAUUUUAAAUACUAAUAAUUUAUUUGUAACUACACCUUGUAUUGAUGGCCAACAAAAUCAACAAUCUAAAUCCAAACCAAUGAUUAAUUUGAAUUUAAUACCAAGUAAUCAUAAUUUUAACAUUAAUCAAUUGAAAAAUGUUGUUACUGACCCUCAAAAAAUGAAUGUUGAUUACAUUGUUGAUAAUGAAAAUGCUGAUGAUGAUGAUGAUGCCGAAAUAAAAUCAAUUGAAGAAAAACAAAAUGGAAAAAGAAAAAAGAAAAAUCGUCAUGAAAAAUUAUUUACUGAUGAAACAUUGGAUAGAUCAUCACCGGAACUUUGGCCUGAAUCAGUUCCAGGUGUUGUUAAAUUUUUGGCCAAUACAUCACCAUAUACAAGUGAUGAUGAUGAUUAUGACCUAUCGGAUGAUUCACCUCAAAAAAAUGGUGGAAAAUUGGAUAUCAGUAACAAUAGCGGAACUCGUAAUCCAACAUUAAUAAAUCUAUCGUCUAUAGUGAAAAGUGAAAUUUUCGAUGACGAUGAUGAAUAUGAUGAUGAUGAAGAAGAUGAUGAUGAUUCGUCAUUACAGAAUUUUGGCGAUAAUAAUCUACGUUAUAAUAAAACAAAUUUUAAUUUUACAAAUAGUGAUAAUCAAUUUGAUGGACGAAAUAAAAUAAUCAAAUCAUUUGCCCUAACACCAUAUGGUUUGGAAUUGGCAAAUGAAAAUGAAGAUAUUGAUGAUGAUAGUGAUUCUCGUGCUACUAGUCCAACUGAAAGUAUUUUAACCAAUUCGACUAAUAAUAAUAAAACGAAUAUAAAAUCAUCAAAUAAUUUAAACAACAACACCAACAACAAUGAUAAUAAACCUGAAUGGCAAAAAGGUUUUAAUGAUGAAGAAAUAUCAAUGCUUUAUGGUUAUGGUUCAUUAACAUCAUCAGCAUUAUUGGAUAAAGUAAGAGAAAUACAAAAUCUAUCCUAUCAAUUAGGAUUAGAAGAAGAAAGUGAAAUAGCUCGUGCACGUUAUCUAAAUAUUUUAAAUGAAAAUGAUUCAAAUAAUGAUAAUAUGCCAAAUUUAUCGAUCGAUUCGGAAAUUGAUAAUAUUUUUAUGUCAACAAAAACAAAAACAACAACAACAACAAAUUCAAAUCAAAUAAGUUCAACAGCUUCUUAAAAUUUUGCGGCCGGAAUUAAUUUUCUUGAACAUUUUGUUUGUUU